GUGUGUGUGUGUGCGCACAACUUAGAAGGGCUGAGGGUACUGUGUUUGGUUUAAGGUAAACUCAGGAGUCACACUGCAAGCAUGGCUGCUGCCCACCGUCUGGUUAUCGUCCGCCACGGCGAGAGCGCCUGGAACCAAGAGAACCGCUUCUGCGGCUGGUUCGACGCCGACCUCAGUGAGAAGGGCGUGGAGGAGGCCAAGCGUGGAGCCCAGGCUAUCAAGGAGGCCGGCCUCAAGUUUGACGUGUGCUACACCUCUGUGCUGAAGCGUGCUGUCAAGACCCUGUGGACCAUCAUGGAAGGCACAGACCAGAUGUGGCUGCCUGUGAUUCGCACCUGGCGCCUGAACGAGCGUCACUACGGAGGCCUCACUGGUCUCAACAAGGCCGAGACGGCUGAAAAGCACGGCGAGGAGCAGGUGAAGAUCUGGCGCCGCUCCUUUGACAUCCCACCUCCACCCAUGGACAAGGACCACCCUUACAACAAAAUCAUCAGUGAGUCACGGCGCUACAAGAAUCUGAAGCCCGGUGAGCUUCCCACGUGUGAGUCACUGAAGGACACCAUCGCCCGCGCCCUGCCUUUCUGGAAUGACGUCAUCGCCCCUGAAAUCAAGGCGGGAAAGAACGUCAUCAUCGCUGCCCACGGCAACAGCCUCCGUGGCAUCGUCAAGCACUUAGAGGGUAUGUCUGACGCAGCUAUCAUGGAGCUGAACCUGCCCACAGGAAUCCCAAUUGUGUACGAGCUGGAUGCAGACCUGAAGCCUAUUAAGCCCAUGUCUUUCCUCGGUGAUGAGGAAACCGUAAAGAAGGCCAUGGAGGCCGUGGCUGCCCAGGGCAAAGCCAAGAAGUAAGCCUGACUGGAGGCUCCUUGAGGAGGCAGAAAAAGAGACUGUUCCCCCUUUUGUCCUUCAACCUUUCCUCCCAUCCACUUGCCCAUCCUUGUAGUGCAUUCCAACUGGGGAAAUGUUUAAUGGUUCUUUUGGAGACGGGCCAUUUUCAGCACAUUGGCCCUGUUUGUUUAAAUGACAGACAGAGAAGUGACCUGUCAAUCAAAGCAGGCAGCUGGGCCCCACAUUUUAUGCAGCCACACAUCACUCAGCCCUUUUAAAUUGUGGUCAAGGCCUGUAUGGUGAGGACCUCACGACCCUGGCACAACCAAUAAA